GUCAGGGCGCGUUGAUUAAAGGCCCAAGUUUACUGCAGGAGUUUGGUCACUUUGCUAUGAUGCGUGAAAUAUCCCUAUUACAUGCUGCCCCUUUCAUCGCUGUACCUUUCGUUGGAGCGUUUGCUGGCCAGCGGGUUGUCUCCAAGAAUAUGGAUUGGUAUGAUUCUCUGAAAAUGCCAUCAUUCGCACCUCCCAAAUGGGUGUUUGGUCCUGUGUGGAGUGCGCUAUAUGGUUGCAUGGGAGCUGCAUCUUACUUAGUGUGGAGAGAUGCAUCACAUGAAAAAGCGUUACUUCCUUUGGCUGUUUAUGGUGCUCAACUUCUACUUAAUUGGUCGUGGACGCCUCUAUUUUUCGGACAGCAUAAACUAAAAUAUGUAUGUUAAUUAUUACUUUUGGAAAUGAUGUGUUUGGCACCGUAACAUAUUUAGAGAAGUUAUCAUUGUGUUGUGUUGGAUAGACGUUUUAGGAGUAACCGUUGGUUCAUCAGCUGAAUUAUUAUCUUAAAGGAAUUGGAGAUAAGUUAAGACUCUUGGUCGUUUUUAAAAAAGCUAUGCUGGCUGAAACGAGUGUCUUCAAUGUCAUUAUGAAGUUUACUUUGAUUAUGGUUAGACAAAGCACUUACCAUCAUAGCAUCUGUUGCUUACUGUAUGGCGGGGCCUGAUAUUGGUCGUACUGUGAUAGGUAGGGGUAAGAUGUUUCCUCAAGCUAUGUCGUCUUCCCAGGUUAAUACCAGAAAUCUUAUAUCCUGACUUGCCGUAUGCCGACUGGUAAGAUCCUCUGUACGAAUACAAUUCUUCCUCCCUUACCUGCAUAGGAUAUAUGAGACUGGUCUCAAACAUUUGUUCCUUGGGCUUUGCAGUCACGCACAUCUGAUGCUUUCUCUCUUUCAGGCACUUGAAAAAAUCGAAUUCCACUGUGUCCAACAUGGAAUCAGCAACUGGCUAUACACAUGGCUUUGGAUAUUUUUGUAGAACUAUCGUUCCACCCUUGCUUUGUUCUAACGUAAUCUUACACUGAUAUAAUAUGUAAUAUACUGCGAUCACUUCAGUGAAUGAUUUUUUAGAAUUUCAUCAACUAAUCUAUUCGCAUCACUUAAGAUCGUGUGCCUGAUCUCUACGUGAUUCACAGUUUGGUUUCAUCAGACGUAAGUCACGUAAGUUUUGAUAACAGAACCUUGCAUAAAAGUGAAUCAUUUCAAGUUGUCACAGCGGAAACGCACAAAUAAAGAAGAGAAAGAAAUAUAAUGAGACUAUAAUGAAUGUGGGAGGGAUUAUAAUUUGGUUAGUCUAUAUUUUCAAAAUCUAGAAGGUAAUAAGCAGUGAUUUUGUGCACACCACUUUAAGUGAUUUUAAACCAUGUCGAAAAGUGUAUCAGUUCACAGUAUUCUGAGGCGUAUCUGCAACUCUGAGGUAACGUAUUUUCUUUUUGAAAUUUGAACUUGCUUUGUUAAGCGCGAGUCAGAGAUUUCAACUGCAACCUAUUCAGAUUCGUAUUUACAUCAUACUGGGCUACACUGUUUUUACGAAUCGCUUACCGGAUAUUUACGGCUCUCUAGGCAUGUGGGCAGAAGUUGAAGUGCCGUAUAGAAGCUGUUACUUUAUAUUUGUUAGGGAUGCACGAUCUUUUAUAAUUGAAGUAAAAAUGACCUGCCUUGAAUUUAUACUUUACUCACUGCCUAAUAGAUCUCAUAGAAUUAUUUUCCGGAUAUUUUGCUAAAAAGUAAUUAUUUAUUUGGACAGUUAUAUUAUAAUGUUUUGAAAUAAUAUUCCUAUAGUUAUUUGAGUGUAUACCUUGCUUCUUCUUCACUAUAGGCAGCAGCAGUGUGUUUAGGUAUUUUCGGUGGAGCUCUAACAUGUGUACACUUAUUUCGACCAAUCAAUGUUGACGCUAGUAAUCUGAUGAUUCCAUACACUCUGUGGGUUGGAUUCGCCUCACUUCUUAAUGUUCGUAUUGUUAUGCUGAAUGAAGACUGUGAUUAACUGAAUGUAGGACCCAAUAGUUCACUAGACGUUAUCAUGGGAAAUCUAAAAACGAAAAAGAAACACUAUAGCACAUUUUACUCUGAAGCUUUUUCGAUAAACUGAUUUCUGUUUCUCCUCUUUUCAUUUCUUUUUUCAACAAAAUAACUUUUCAUAGAAAAAGCGAUAUCUCAGGGAUAAUAGUCGUCUUUUUAUAUUUUAUUUGUCAACAAAUAAAAAUUUCUGAAUUUG